AUGAUAGCAAUAAGAGGCGCGUUUGUUAAGCUCUCCGUUAUCCAAGUAUCGUCCCCUCUACAAAGACAAAUGAGCGGACUAAAUCCUCCUACAAGUUUUCCUUUUGUGCUCUUGCUUCUAGUUUGUGGUCUUGGGAACGUGUCAUCAAAUCGUUUAGUAUGGGAGGAAUGCACAGAUGAACUUGGCACUCGGGAGUGUUUACGAUACAAAGAUGAAGAUUGUGUUGGUGUAUACGAGACUUGGGCCAGGGCAAACUGCGCUCUGCGAUGUGGAUACUGUCCGAUAAAAAGGCUACCCUGUGUCGACAACAUUAACUACUGCAGUGAUUUCGGGGCAGAUGUGUGUCAUCAAGAUGUAUAUGGACAAUACAUGAGGGAAAACUGCAGAAAAACAUGUAACUUCUGUAGAGUUCCAACAGAGUACCUAGUCUCUACUUCCACCUGGACAGCUACACCAGAACAAACAACGACUUAUAACCCAGCUCAAGAAUGGUGUUCUGACAGAAGAUACUGUUGGCGCUAUCCUGCUGAGAAGUGUGUAGGUUUUUAUGAGAACUGGUUCAGAAAAAAUUGUCCAUACAGAUGUGGAUAUUGCCCAAAUCUUCUACCACCUUGUGAGGAUCUAGACCCAAGUUGUGAAGCUUACUCUUUAGAAGCCUGUACCAACCUAACAUACAGAGCCUACAUGAGAGAAAACUGCAGGAAAAGAUGCAACGAGUGUAAAUACCCAGGACAGAAUCUUGCGCCAAUCACACCGCCUUAUGGAGUCUAUACCACGACCACCGCGAGUGUGCUGUCAACAAGUAAAGUUAUGGCUGCAUCAACAAAGCCCGUUAUUAUUGUGCCAACACAAAGAUGGGGGCUUCCAAUCCUCAUCCCAAUAGUACCAGACUACGGCAAACCACAGGGGUUAGAGAGGGUCAACAAAACUGAACCUACAGUUAUGGCUGUACCAUCAACGCCCAUUGUUAUUGUGCCAACACAAAGAUGGGGGAAUUCAAAAAUCAUCCCAACAACGUCAGACAACAUUAAACCACAGGGAUUAGAGAGGGUCAACAUCAGUGAAGCUUCAGAUAUUGUCUCAGUGAUAGGAAAUUCCCACCUUUUGCAGACGAAUGAAGCUUUUAAUGUCAGUUGCAGAAUAACUGGACAUAAGCAGGGAUCUGCCGUUAACGAUACAUCUGUUGGAUGGCUAUUUAAUGGUCAAAGGAUUUCAUAUCUAAGAAUGGUUUCCAAUGCGAAUAAAUAUAAAUUGCAUGUAAAAACUACAAAUAUGUAUUUGGAGGUUGGCUUGGAAAUACCAGCUGUGACUGCAGAGGAUACUGGAAAUUAUACUUGCGUUUUGGGAGACAGAGCCAACAAGAAUCGUAUUCAAGAAAAGUCAUGGUACCUAGAUAUUAUUUGCAUGGACUGCAGCCAAACAAUAGUUGGAUAGAAUAUCUGUGUUAAUGUAUGUAACAGAAAUGUUUAAAAAGCCUGGAAGUGUCUUGUGCAAAACACGUCGAACAUUUUGGAGUACAUUUAUCAAUUUGACACAGAUUGUUAACUAUUCAAGAUGUAAGAAAGAAUAAAAA